AUGGCGACGACACUGACUUCUCGCCCAAAGAGACUGGCGCAACCGCCACCAUCGAAAUCCAGACCCAACGCAGCAAACAACCAGAACGGCGAUGGAAUCCCGAAUCGACCCAUGAGACCGACCCAAGUCCUCGACGUCGCUGUAUGGGGCAGCGGCGAGAACUGCGAACUCGGCCUUGGCCCCCGCAUUACCGAGGCCCCUAGGCCCCGGCUCGCCCACAAGCACCUCUCCCCCGAGACCGUCGGCGUCGUCCAGGUCGCCGCGGGGGGCAUGCACUGCGUCGCCCUGACCCGCGACGGCAGAGUCCUGACGUGGGGCGUCAACGACGACGGGGCGCUGGGCCGGAAAAAGUCGCCCGACACCCCCGAAGAGGGUCCCGAGGAUCUCCUGGGCCCAUUCGAGAGCACGCCGGGCCAGGUGGACUUCCAGGAAGAUGUUGACAUCGUUCAGGUCGCGGCGACCAACAGCGCCUGUUUCGCCCUGACCGCCGAAGGAACGGUAUACGGCUGGGGGAGCUUUGCUGGCGGAGAUGGCAAUUUCGGCUUCCUCCACGAGAAGCCCCCCAAGACCACGGAGCGACUGCCUGUGCGCGUCCCUGGUCUCGAGAACAUCGCGCAGCUGGCCGGUGGUGCGAACCACGCCCUCGCACUCACCAACGACGGCAACGUCUUGGCCUGGGGCUCGGGCGAGCAGAACGAGCUGGGGAGGCGCAUCUUGGAGCGCCGCCGUUUCGACACCCUGCUCCCGCAGCGCAUAGGCCUCCCCAAAAACAAGACGGCCAAGAUCUUUGCGGGCUCGCACCACAGCUUCGCCAUCGACACCGCCGGCAAGGUCUGGGCUUUCGGCCUGAACAACUUUGGCCAGUGCGGUAUCCCGACCCGGGAGGACACCGGCUUCACGACCGUCAUAUCGCCAACCAUGGUCAAGAGCCUCGCCGAAUACGACAUCCGCCACAUCGCCGGUGGUCUCCACCACUCCAUUGCUUGCACAAAGAGUGGAAAGAUAUUGGUGUGGGGUCGGUGCGACGAUGGCCAGAUGGGUAUCGACCUGGACCGAGUGCCCAGAGACCACAUCAUCUUCGACUACAGAGGACGUCCCAGAGUCCUGAAUGUGCCGACCGAGGUAUCCAUACCAGACCACAGUCCAGACAGCCAAGCCGUUUUCGUUGCGGCCGGAAUCGACAACUGUUUCGUCAUCGCGAAGGAGCUCUACGCAUGGGGCUUUUCGGCCUGCUACAACACCGGACUCAAGACCACCGAGACAGUCGGCUCCCCGACCGUGGUGCCGUGCAGACUGACCGCGACGUGCGUCAGUGCCGGAGGCCAGUUCGGCAUCGCAUCUGGACCGAGCCUGUAG